UAUAUCAAGGAAUUUAAUUAACUAGAAUGAGGUGUUUGGAGAAGAGAAUAUUUUUUUUUUCACUAGUAGUACCGAGUAGUUCCCAUUUGGGGCACGACGGGAGAAUUUACCAAUAGCAAAAUAGCUCAUCAUUGUUGUCUUGUCGAUUAGGGGUAUGAAAUUGGCGGCCAAGCUUGCUGAAACGACACCACCAGUGCUUUCUUAUUCUUCCUCUCAUACGACAUCAUAAUGGCUGAAGCCUCGUCGUUUGACUUGGACGAGACCGAUACCAUGGUCAGAGGCCUCAGACUUCGCUGGGACGACGAGAAAACCCAGAAUAAUAUAGACCACAAUCGAGCCGUCGACAAAGAAGAUCAUCGAGAUGAUGACGACGAUCAGAAGAAGAAUAUGCCCACUACUAUAGCCGUGGAAUCCCCAACUCGUUUGGCUGUUAAGAAGAAAGAGUUGUUGGAGGAGCUCGAAGCCAUGCUAAAUCCAGGUGAAUCUUCUCAUGUUAAUACUUUUGGAAAUGGCGGUGUUGCAAAUGAAGAGCUCAAACAAACAAUGAGAAAGGCGUUGGAGACUGAAAAUGUAAACCUAAGUAUAGACGAGGCUCAUUGCGGAGAAGGAACCAAAAGAAUGUACUCGAGGGAAGUUAUGGAGGCUUUGAGGUUUGCCAACAUGGAAGAACAGAGGAAGAUGUGGAAGCAUGCGCUAACGGAGCUCGACCCUGUUGGAGAGGUGGACAUUGAUAUCCUAGCAAGGUCUAAGAAUCAUAAGGAAAUUCAAAUCAGCUGUGAUAAUCAACAAAGCAUUGGAAAAAAGAAUGAGUCUGCUACAAUUCUUGUGAACGAAAUAGUUAAAACUCAUUGCGGAGAAGGGACUAAGAAGAAUUACUCAAGGGAGGUUAUGGAGGCAUUGAGGUUUGUGAACGUGAAGGAAAAGAGGCAACUAUGGAAGAGUGUCUUCAAUGGGCUUGACCCUGUUGUGCAGAAGGAAUAUAUUAACCUCGCCAGCUCUAAGCAUCAUAAAAAAAUUGGAAAGAAGGAAGAAUCUCCUACAACUCUUAAGAAUAUUCCAGAAGCUCAUUCCAAAGACAAGGGCAAUGGACUGUCAAGUUUGGAGAGAACUGAAACUGAUGCUGCUUGCAGUUCCGUAGUUGGGGAUGAAGACAAGAAUCCAAUUGUUGAAGGAGAUUACAGUGAAGAUGAUGAUAGUGAUGAGGAUUAUGCUAGCAUUCAGAGACCUGCCUUUGCGGUCAAGGGAGAACCCAACUUUGAUUCUGGUCCUCCAGAAGAUGGACUUGAGUAUCUUAGGCGUGUAAGGUGGGAAGCGGCCCAGAUUCCAAAGGUCAGAGUAGCCAAGCUUGAUCGAAGUAAACUAAACAAAGAGCAGAGUGAGUAUAUGCCCAAGAUUCCAGAGAUUGCAAAGUGUCCAGAACAAUUAUUGCCUAUGAAGCCGUGGGAAGAUGCAUUUCUUGAAGAUUUUUCACAGCUUAGGCUGGUUUUGUCUCAUCUUGAGAAUUCCAGAGAUCUACUAUCAGAAAGCUCUCCCCAUCAGCUAUCUGGGGACAUUAUUUUGGAGAGUUCUGAAAAAAGCAGAACCAAAGUCCAGUCUGACCAGUCUCGUGAAUGUCUCAGCUCUGAAAAUGCGGAUGACUGGUUACCCAAGUUAUCUGUUGAUGAUGAUAAUAGUGUAUCAUCGGAAUCAGAAAAGUCAACACCAAAAUCAAUUGUAAAUGAAAAUUGCAGCAACUACCCUUUGUUGUCUGUAAUAUUAAAGAUGGACUCUGUAGCUCGAGUGUCUAUGUUGAAGAGAAGGAUAAGCUCUUUUGGAGGCAUGAACACGUUGCCGAGGGAAGACUGCUUGUGGCUGUUUGCACUCUGUGCAGUAAUCGACACUCCAUUAGACGCAGACACUAGUGCUUCACUCAGAAGUCUAUUGCGUAAGAGUGCUGAGUUGCUGGCUGGAAAAUCUGAAACUGAUGAUGAGGUUGUAAUGCUGAAUAUUCUUGCAACGAUUUCGGGCCGAUACUUCGGGCAGUUAGAGAGCUGAACCCCGUUAUAGAUGUAUCUCUUGUUUGAUUAAAGUCAUUAAGAAUGUUAUUUUCUUUUCUUUUUAUAUGUAUAUUACAUAAUUUUUUGAGCUAUUAUCAUGAUUUUUAGUGGGGCUGAGGAGAUGAGUGAUCAGAGGGUUUUGAACUAGACAUUUGGUAAUCCGUUUUUGCAAUUACUCAUUUUAAUAUAGGUUCUGGCGACUUUUUUUUCUUUCCA